AAGCCUUGACUCAAAGACGAGGAAGAAAUCUGUACACGGAAGUCAUCCAGAAUUUCACAUGCAUGAGAUUUCCUUCUGUAGUCUUUCUCGGUAUAAUUUACUCUUUCCUCUGACGGUUACUUGGACUGUAAUGGCGCGUAUUGAUGCGACAGUUGGUGUGGGAACCCUGAUAACAUAAUGUGCAGUUAUCAGCAGACGGUUGAUAUCCAGUGCAGGUCAGUGGACGCCAGGACUUGAAGUGCUACUUUUUUGACAGCUGGGUUGAGCCUCCAGUACCUGGUCUGUCUGCCUGACAGAGAGAGCUGCAUAGAACAGCCCACACCGGAGGUUUAAAAGCUAAAGAGGGUUUAUUUUGUGUAGAGAUAUCUACGUCAGUGUUGCUUUUAAAGCGCCAUUGAAGGAAAGGCAGAAAGGUGAGAGGUACUUUCUGUCAUCGACCUCGCACCAGUGUUUGCUCUCCUCCCACCGACCAGUGGUCAUGGCCUCAUCCCGGCUUAAGUACCUCUCUCUGGGCGUGCUGGUGUUCCAGACGACCUCUCUGGUGCUCACCAUGCGGUACUCCCGCACCCUGCAGGCCGAGGGCCCGCGGUACCUGGCUUCCUCAGCUGUGGUGGUGGCCGAGGUCAUGAAGAUCCUAACCUGUGUGCUGCUCGUCUUCAAGGAGCACAAUUACAGCAUGCGAGCACUGAAUAGCGUCCUGCGUCAGGAAAUUGCCCACAAACCCAUAGAAACGCUGAAGCUGGCAAUCCCCUCUGGGAUCUACACACUGCAGAACAACCUGCUGUACGUCGCCUUGUCCAAUCUGGAUGCAGCCACCUACCAGGUGACAUACCAGCUGAAGAUCCUGACCACAGCUCUGUUCUCAGUGUCCAUGCUGGGCCGCAGGCUGGGUGUCUACCAGUGGCUCUCAUUGCUGAUCCUUAUGGCUGGAGUGGCUCUUGUGCAGUGGCCAUCUGAGUCUGCAGUGACCCCAGAGAAGGAGGCCCUCUCCGCAGGCUCUCAGUUUGUUGGCGUGACAGCGGUUCUGGUGGCAUGUUGCUCCAGUGGGUUCGCUGGUGUCUACUUUGAGAAGAUCCUAAAGGAGAGCAAACAGAGCGUCUGGGUCCGCAACAUCCAGCUAGGGAUGUUUGGCUUGGUGUUUGGCUUCUUUGGGAUGCUGGCCUACGAUGGAAAGAGGGUGACAGAGUCAGGAAUGUUUCAGGGAUACAACACGGUCACCUGGACUGUGGUAGCGCUGCAGGCACUGGGUGGUCUGGUCAUAGCAGCGGUCAUCAAGUAUGCAGACAACAUCCUCAAGGGCUUUGCUACAUCGCUCUCCAUUAUCCUGUCAACUCUUAUAUCGUACUUCUGGCUACAGGACUUCGACCCCACUGGCGUGUUCUUCCUGGGGGCCAUUUUGGUCAUCUUGGCCACUUUCCUCUAUGGCUACGAAGCCAAGCCAUCCCCCAACCCCAGCAGGGCGUAGGGACACUCACGGCUGACACUACAGCAGCAGUAGGAGGUCCUGUUGAAGCGUCAAGAUGUGGAGGGGAAAGAAGGACAGAGAGCUGGAGGAAAAGAAGGGGAAAGGUCUUUAUCAUACAUUGUGAUCACAAAAAAGAGGUGACAGAGAUGAGGAGUAGGAAGAGAGGAGGUAAGCAGAUUGGGAACAGAGGACAGGGAGAGUGAAAACGAAGCUUUAAAAAAAAAAGCAAGCACAACGCCGUGAUGGGUCUCACACACCAAAAGUGCCUCAGCUGAGAAGGGUAACCAGUGAGAAAAGAAAACUGUGGCGAAACAGGAUUGUAUGUUUCUCUUUUUUCCUAUAAUUACCGCUGUAGAGAUAAUCCUGGCUACCACAGAGAUAUUCUUGAAAGGAUUGUCUGAUUGGGUUGAUUAAGAACCUGUUUGACUGCCAGUCACUGUUACUGCCACAUCAAUCACACCUAUACAGUAAAGGACUAAAGAGAUGGACAGGCAGGAGUUUCUAAAGCUUCUUCAAAACCACAUUUUUCAGAUGAAGUGUGGCAAGUUCACACUGUUGGCUUGUUCAUCUCAGAGUUAUAGUAUUUAAGGCUUUGACAGUCUUUCUUGUCCCACUUUGAGCUCUGAAAGCACAUUUUAGGACAUUUUUUCCCUGAAGUGAACCUUCACAGCCAUCGUUUACUCAAGCUGUGUACAAUACUAGCUCUAACAGUCAAAUGGUCAAGGUUAGCGUUGGGGUUAGAGCCUGCUACGGAGGUGGGAUUUGUACACAGCUCAAGAGGCCUGUCUGCCUAGGAGGCACGACUUGGAGCAAAAAAACUCAACAACUCAAUGCACCAAGAGCCUUUGGACUACGGUAGUUGCAGUGACAAUAACUAGUAUUGUUCUCAUGUUGCAUUUUAUUUAGUUUUUGUUGCCAGGCAACAUAUAGUCACUGAGACGUCUUUGAUAACAUAUACAGUGUGUCUCAGUGAAAGAACUCUUUUACUGUAUGACUCUGGUCUAUCUGUGUCUGGUGGAGUUUAAUAUUUGACAGUAAUCUGGGUAUAUGAAUAAAAUGCUACAGGAAUAAACUAAUCCAACACUUCAGAAGUACUGUUCUCGGCUGUAACAGGGUUUUUUUUUUUUUCUUUUUGAAGAUAUUGAUUUUUGAAGUGAAAAGGACAGUUUGAUCAUGAGGUAAAGAUUAUUUUGUACAACUUGAAAUUAUAUUAACCUUGGGUGUAAAUAAAAGCACCAUUUCAGUUGUAAUCUAUAAAUCUAAAUUAAUUGUCUGUUUAACUUAUUCAUUAAUUAGUGAUUUACAUGCCUUUUCAAAGCCACUGAACAUCCAGCUCCCUAUGUGCUGUACUCAUGUAACAAUAUAUUCUGUUGAUUUUGUGGCAAAGUAAUCAAACAUUACCGAAUGUGUCCGAGCUAAGUCUAAAACUGACUGAAUUGUUGAUACUCAUUACAUCAGACAUCUGUGAGGCAUUAUUUACAUAGAAAGUAACCCAUGAUUGUACGGUUUGACUGAUGCUUUUUGUUCUGGAACUACUUUUUUGGGGAUAAAGCAGGUAUAAUUAAUAACUUUAUUAUUUUAAUUACCAAUAUGUGGAUCUUUUAUAAAAGAAAAAUGUUUAAUUUAACUUUUUUGAAUGUGUUAUUGUGUUGAAGUCACUGUGUAUCUCCUCCCAGAUAUUUUCUACACUAAAACGCACACAUUUAUAUCUUGAACUGCUAAAUCAAAAGGCAUCUGGGCUUGCUUUAGAUUCUUGAAGAUGUACAACUCAGACUGCAAUGAGCUGCAGUGACACAAUAUUCUUUACAAUUUAUCAUGAAGCCAUCUUAGCAGCCUGCCAUUUCUUUCAACAUCUAAAUCCUUAUUUUUUGCACAAUUAAACAUCUACCAUGUCUAAUUUAAUACUCACAUGUCGCCUUAGAACUGCAAACUACAUAACAUGAAUAAUUUCACACUUGGAUAUUUUUGGCAUUUAUUUUAAUGAGUUUAAAAACACUGCAUGCAAAAGCCAGACAGUCUGAGAGAAAGGACUGUAACACGCCGGAGUUUCAUGUCCUUUAUAUUAUAACACUGUAAAACACCAUUACCCAGUCAUUUUUAAACCGAUAACUGCAUUAGACUCCAGUCAAUCAUCAGAAGAAGUAGGAAUUAACAAGUCAAGCUCCUCAUGAAGGGCCAUGCACCGCUGUACCCUCGAGUCCUCAGGCACAUCUGUUACUGUAAAAGACACUUGAGGCCCUGAUACACACAGACUGCAGAAUGUGUAACCUCAUGGUCAAGUAUAAGUGUGUUUCCACUUUGUUUCACCCUAUUAAAGCCUCCAUUCUCUGAAUAAAAUCACUAACCAAUAAAGAUCACCUA